AUGGCUGUGAAAUAUUCAAAGGAUUGGGAUAUUGAACAGUAUUAUGACGAAACAGAGCCACUUCAUCACUGGCUGCUCAGAAAGGAGUUUAUGAUUGCACACAAGGGGCAAUUCUCAGAGGAAUACUUGGUUGGACUAGCAAGAACUUUCAUAAAUAUAGAGAUGCUAGGCUGUGUGUAUCCCACGGAGAUAAUGGAGAGAGUUGCAGAGUUGUCAAAAGAUAUUGCCGCUAAAUACAGGGAAUCCAAGAAAACUAAAAUACAGAGGACUCUUGUAAGCGCAAAGAGCGUAGCGGAAAAAAGAUUUCAGUGA